GUGUGUUGCAACGCAUGGAUGGACUCCGUGGGUCUGCGCCCUCCGAGCUUCUCAUCCCACCUGCUCGGCUGGGCCGGCCCCAAGCGCCCUCCCUCUGCCAUGCCACACAGUCUCUCCUGCGGGCUCAGGGGCCUGCGAGGGCGCGAGCGCCGCCCAUGCCAACUUGUUUUCUCCCGCCGUUAUCUGCCGCAGCCCUUGUUUUCCUGCUCCAGCUGCCCGGCAGGCCUGAGAAAUGGGCAGAAGGCCAGUGGAGGCCAUUGUUGGGGGCCCAGGAAGGGCGAGGAAAGGAGGGCAAGCCCCCAAAAGAGAGAUGGCAGAGUACAGCGCCCUGCUGGAGGAGCUAGCCGAGAACAUCACCAAUGAAGACCUGGACCAGCUGAAGUCUGCCUGCAAGGAGGACAUCCCCAGCGAGAAGCAUGACGAAAUAGCCACCGGCAAGGACUGGUUUGGGUUCCUUGAGAAGCACAAGAAACUGGACAAAGGUGGGGAGGAGCAGAAGGGGAGGGAGGAUCUUGGGGUGAGAGCGCAGCGGCGCCCUUGCCCAUGUGCCGCCUGGGAGGCAGAGUGCCUGCUUAGAAACUGGGGGGGGGGGGGAAGGUCACUGGGGCUGUGGGUGCGUGUGAACCAGGUGUAUGAAACCACUUGUCAGACGUGCCUCAGAACUAGGCUCCCCUGGGGCAAAAUGCACAGGGCGAAGGGAGAUUUCCUCCCCCAGCAGCAGCAGCAGCAGCAGCGCGAGAUUCUCAAAGGCUCUGCUGGGUCCAAAGGCUCUGUUGGGCUCCCAGGUGAUGCCAGUCACCUUCUGGGCUACUCACCCCUGAGAGGGCCAGCAAUGCCGAGGAGAGGAGCUCAAGCGCUGCGAGAGGGACGAAGGGCAGCCGGGUGGCCGGGGUCUUUGGGAACUGACAAAGGGGGACAGGGAGGUGCGAGGAGCCCCCGAAACAGCCACAGGCUCUAGGACGGGCUGGGAUUAGCGCCCUGAUGCUUUUGUCCCCCAGGCGCACCUGCCGGGGUCUCUGCCUCCCUCGGGCAGGCGUGGGCCGUAUCCAGCCUCCCCGGUUGGACAGCUGAGCCCUUCCCAGCGUUCUCCUGCUCUGCGGGAAGGAAGAGGAAGGUACAGAUGGUGCUCUGGUGUUAGUGAUGUCAUUUGUUUUUGAGCAGAAGAGGGCUGUUUUCGCAGGGCUGUGGGCUGGUUCCCUUCGCCUCCUGGAUGCAUUCAGCAAGAGUUUGCACAUCAC